AAUAAAAUAACGAAAAUGGAAUCGGAAUAUAAGUAUAUAUGUCCCAGACCUAGGAUAUCCAGAGCCUGUGGCAACUGCAAACUUAAAAGAACGCGCUGUUUCCGAGAUACGCCGAAUCAGCCAUGUGAAAGGUGCCAAAACCUCAAGCUAGAAUGCAAGCUUGCUACAAUAAGAGCCAAAGAUUUAAAGAAAACUAAGCCAGAAGAAACCGAUGUUAUUUCCGAGCUGUUUCAAACCAAACAACAGUCACCUCCAGCAACGAACCUCAUCGAGAUUCAUCACCAAAGAUUCCAAGAAAAGUUUUCUAUACCUGGACCAGAGGAUGAGGUGUCAUUGCCAAGCUGUCUAGACGAAUCAGAAUCUCGCCCACAUAUUCUUGACCAAACGAAAGCUGAUCAGCUACUAAACAAGUUUCGUGCUAAGAACUCAUAUUUCCCUUUUGUUACGAUACCAGAAAAUAUUGAUUCGGCAGAUCAUCGCUUUCUUUAUCUUGCUGUGCUUACAGCGGCAUCUUCGGAUGAUAUGGGUUUACUAUGGAGCUUGGAUGAUAGAUUUCGAUCUAUAUUAGCCGAGCGAGUCAUCAUGUUGGGUGAAAAGAGCCUAGAUUAUUUGCAAGGACUGCUAGUCUACCUCGCAUGGUACAACUUACACCUACAUCCUAGGGGUAUUCAAGUUUAUCAAUAUCUUCACAUUGCCAUCAGCAUGCUGGAGGAUUUAGGAUAUAGCAACAAUGAGUUUCUAGGGAUGACACCAUCUGAUAUUAUCGCCGCUAAAAAUGCAUGCCUGGGUUGCUAUUUUCUGUCAUCAGUCUUCACAACGUGCUCGAAGAGAUCCAAUAACGCUGUUUUUUCCGAUCAUAUGAAAGCUUACCUACUUCAACUACCUGAAAAUGGCUGUCCUCAGAGUAGGGCGAUAUAUCUGUCCUUCCAAUUUCAGGUGGCAAUUGAAUCAGCAUAUAAAAGGGACUGUAUAGACACUCACUAUUCAGAAAUCAAAAAUUUUUCGCCAAACGACUCUUUGAAUCCUACUUCAACCAGCAUUGCACGAAAGUUUCUUUCCUUGAUGGAAGUAACCGGGCCGUCUCUUCGAGGAUUUACCAUGCUGCAACCCCAACCCCACAAAUUCCAGCCCAUUAUGGCUAAAGGAAGGGAAUUUUUUGACCACUUUACAUCAAUCCCUAUGUCUCACUUCUCCGGAUUUACCAUGGCAGAAUGGAAUCGGUUAAUCUGCACUAUUCACAUUCUAAUCGAAGCCCUAUCCGCUUUUACUGGUACGCCACAGUCUGCCGUCGCGAUUCGAGAAGAAUCCCAGCGAGCGACUAUAUACAUCGAGUGCCUAGCGAAUCGAAUGGAAAAGAUGUCGCGGUCCGGCCGUAAUCCUAAUGAAUUGCCAGAUAUGUUUUACAUGUUCAAGUCGAUAUUGGAUUUGCUUACUCCUUUACCUUUUGCCGACGAAUGUGAUAAUGGCCAGCAAUCUCAGCAAGGUCAAUGUCCUUAUUUAAGGGGACUUCGGGAUACUGACUUCUGGGAUGCGUAUCAAAGCGGUUUGUCUCUCGUGUCUCCACCUGAUGAGCAUGAUAUGGGAAUCGACAUAGAAACACUGUUCCAGGAUAAUGACUGCUCAAUAGAGCCCCAUUCUGACGAGUGUUUGAAUGGAUCGUUUGAUUUCAGUGGCAUAUGUGACACUCAACUGUGAUGCAUUCGUUUGAUAAACCUAUAAAACUAUCCUAUU